AUGCCUUUGAAGGAGUUAGAAACACUACUGGUACUGGAACAAGGAUGCAAAGCCAGGUGUAGAUGUAAGUUACAGAAUUAUUUAUGUGCAAGAAAUGAUGCCAAUACUUAUAAAAACCAGAUUUUGAAGGUUCAGGAAAGACUGUUAUCUUUACAAGAAGAAAAUAAAAAAAGAUCUCUGGAGUUGUCAAAUGCCUUGAAUAAGAUCAAAUGUACCACUUCAGAAAGAGCGGUUCCUGCUGCAGAACUUGAAGGUGAUAUGAAUUUGAAAACUCUUGGAUUUUCCAGCAUGAAGUUUAGCAGCCUGUAUUAUCAUCUGCCUCAUCUAAGGGCUCAUGAAAACAAUAUUUACCCAAAUAUUAUCUUUGGGAAAAAUAGAACAGGAGUCUCUGUGGUGAUGGGUGUUCCCACCAUAAAAAGAGAGAAAGAAAGUUACCUGAUACGUACGCUGACUUCUCUCUUCUUCCAAAUGUCCAGAUUAGAAGAAGAAGAUUGUCUCGUGGUUAUCUUUGUAGCUGAGGUUGACGAAACUUAUAUUAAUGAUCUUGCAAAAAUGGUCAAAUAUAAAUUCCCUGAAAAAGUACAAUCUGGAGUCUUAGAGAUGAUUUCUCCACCAGCCUUUUAUUAUCCAUCUUUUUUAGACAUCAAGUUAACUUUUGGGGACUCAGAAGAAAGAGUGAGGUGGAGGACCAAACAAAACCUGGAUUACAGCUUCUUGAUGCUGUAUGCCCAAGAUAAGGGCAAGUUUUACCUUCAGCUAGAAGAUGAUAUCAUAGCCAAACCAAGGUACUUUAUGGCACUGAAGGAUUUUGCAUUUACACAAACCUCCGACUGGCUUGUAUUGGAGUUCUCAAAGCUUGGGUUUAUUGGAAAGCUGUUUAGAACCAGAGACUUACCUUUGAUAGUACAAUUUUUAAUAAUGUUCUACAAAGAUAAACCCAUAGACUGGCUUUUGGAUCAUUUAUUUUAUGUGAAAAUAUGCAAUCCAGAAAAACAUAAUCUUGACUGUGAGAAGCAAAAACAGAAGCUGCGCAUUCAAUAUAAACCUUCUCUCUUUCAACACAUGGGAAAGUAUUCAUCAUUGCGUGGAAAAAUACAGAAUUUGCAAGAUGCUGAUUUUGGAAAACAGGAACUCUAUCCACACCAUUCCAAUCCACCUGCGAGUCUGCAUACUUCUUUAAAAGCCCAUGAGCACUAUUCUUUGGAAAAUGCUUAUCUAAGAAGAGGGUUUUUCUGGGCUAUCUCUCCAAAAGCUGGUGACUAUAUCCUCAUACAGUUUAAUAACCCAUUGAACAUAAAGGAGUAUGUUUUUACAAGUGGAAAUGUUCAACAUCCAGGAGAUAUACUGUCCAAUACCAUUGUUGAAAUUUUACCUGAAAAUGAAACAGAUUUUUUGUCAAAUUUGUUAAGAAAUGGAAGUAAAUUUGACUACGAAGCAACCAGUCAUGGGUUUUUUAAAAUAGGUACAUUUGAAAAUGGAGUAGCACAAGGCAUCAUCAAUCCUGCAGUAGGAAAAAUCAAGGCUUUUCGUUUAACUGUGCUAUCAGAUUCACCUGUGUGGGCUAUGGUGGGUGAGGUGAACGAGAGGCCUGAUCUGCGGAAAAAUCUGGAUGUAAGAGCUGAAACCGACCUUGUCGGGCAUGCCUGCCCCCCUCUUCGUUUUACGGAUGAAGAAAUUAAGGUCAAUCAGAAAGCAGUUAAUAAGAACUCGCACAAGGGUGCACAGUUUUUGCACUCUAAAUUGCACGCUCUUUUCAUUGCACCAAGUCCGCCGCUCCGCUUCCACGCUCGCUCGGCAACCUUCGGUUUCCCAGAUACCUGGAUACCAGGCAGGGGGAGGGGCGGGCAGAUCGUAGACACAAGGGCUGGGAUGCCCCAGAAAGAAGCCCUAUAUAGGCUGACAUUGGGUGAGGGUGCACAAGAAAGACGCGGUUUCCACGAGACGCGACUAAACGCGAAUUCUCGUGGGUGGUUUUUUUGCAAGUCCAUUCGGACCCAAGAAGCCUAUCUGCUCAAGAGCAGUCGCCGCGACUGCUUCAUUAAAGGGGUGGGGGCGCAGGCAGGUGCAGACCCUACACACCCGCACGACUGGAAAGAAGCGGCAGCACGAGGGACUCGAGAGCGGUGGGAAAGCGGGAGUGCGCGCGUGCGCCGGCAAGCCCGUCGGGGGCCAGGCAGCCCGGGCUGGCGCUCCUCCACCCCCUCACCUCUCAGCCCCGAGGGGCGCGAGCCCGGCGAGAGUCGUCGCGUGCCGCUGCUCGCGCAUGCGCCGUUGGAAGACGCCGUUGAGUGGCCGGCGGCGACUUUGGUUUUGUGGUGGAGUAACCACCCUGUGGCCGCCGGCCGGACAGCGAAAGUGCAGCCGCCGAGAGGCCCCCACCCUUGGCACAGGUGCGUGACUCGGGCCGGGCUGCUGAAGAGGGGACGGAGCGGCGGGCGGGGCAGGGGCGAAGGGGCGGGCGUCGGAGUUGGAAGAGGAGAGUCCGCUCGGAGCCGAGAACCGCCGAGGGGACCCGGAGGGGGCGUCCACGGCCCCAGAGAGGGAGGAGGGUUUGAGACGUGCAGAGAGGGGGAGGGGGCCGGCCCAGGCUGGACGCAAGUCCGUUAUAACGGUGGUUACCGCCCCCGCCCCCAUCGUCCGUCCGGCCGACGUGCCCGGGCGUUGGGCGCUCGAGCCCCGCCUCCUCCCCCCUCGCUCUCAGGAGAAAGCGCGCGCCCCCAGGGCCGGACUGGUCAGCGGCUGGACGGGCGCGAGGGCCUAAGGGGUGUCCGGGGCUGGACGGGAGCGCCCUUGGGGGCCCAGAGCAGCGGGAAGCGCGAGCGCCAGUGGAGCCCAGGACUGGACGGGCGCGCGCCCCCACGGCGAGGGGGAAGGGGGCUGGAUGGGCGCGCGACCGCGGGCUCUGCCACUUACCCGGGCCCGCUCUGA